AUGCCCUUACAGGGAUCAGUGUCAUUCAAGGAUGUGACCGUGGACUUCACCCAGGAGGAGUGGCAGCAGCUGGAUCCUGCUCAGAAGGCCCUCUACAGGGAUGUGAUGUUGGAAAACUAUUGUCACUUCAUCUCUGUGGGGUUUCACAUGCCUAAACCCAACAUGAUCUGCAAGUUGGAGCAAGGAGAAGAGCUAUGGACAACAGAGAAAAUUUAUCCAAGGCAGGCCUACCUUGAAGAAGAUGGGAAAGCUGGAGAUGUUUUAGUGAAGCUCAGAGAAUACCAAGACAAGCAUUCCAGAUCAGGUAUAUUCAUCAACCACAGAAAAGUAAUUAAUGAAAGAAGUAAUAAUUAUGGGAAAACAUUUACUCCAGGCAAGAAUCGUAUUAUUUCAAAAAUAUUAUGUGAAUAUGAAACUGAUGGAAAAGUUUUGAAAAAUAUUUCAGAAUUAGUCAUUAGAAAAAUAAACCCUAUAAAAGAGAAGUUUGGUGAGAGUAAUGGAUGGGAGAAAUCACUCCUCAGUACUAAGCAUGAGAAAAUUCAUCCUACAGCAAACCUCCAUAAACAAACAGAGAGAAGUCUCAGUUAUAAACAGGAGCUUAUUCAACAUCAGAAGAGCCAAACUCCAGAGCAGCUAUUUGAGCACAACGAAUGUGAAAAAUCCUUCCUUAUGAAAGAUAUGUUAUUUACACAUGUUAGACUUCACAGAGGUGGAAGACCAUUUGAAUACAAUAAAGAUGGAACAACUUUCAUCCAAAAAUCAAAUAUUGAUGCCCACCCACAAACUCGUACAGAAAAGAAGCCCUAUGCAUACAGUAAAUACGGGAAAUUCUUCUGUAGGAAGUCUUUUUUUAUAAUGCAUGAGAGAUCUCAAACAGAGGAGAAACCUUUUCAGUGUCAUCACUGUGGGAAUAGCUUUAGAAGGAAGUCAUACCUUAUUGAACAUCAGAGAAUUCACACAGGUGAGAAACCUUAUGUUUGUAGUCAAUGUAGGAAGGCCUUUCGUCAGAAGACAGCCCUCACCCUUCAUGAGAAAACACACAUAGAAGGGAAGCCCUAUAUUUGUAUUGAUUGUGGGAAAUCAUUCCGCCAGAAGGCAACCCUCACUAGACAUCACAAAACACAUACAGGGGAGAAAGCCUAUGAGUGUACUCAGUGUGGGAGUGCCUUUAGAAAGAAGUCAUACCUUAUUGAUCAUCAGAGAACUCACACAGGCGAGAAACCAUAUCAAUGUAAUGAUUGUGGGAAGGCAUUUAUCCAGAAGACAACCCUUACUGUACAUCAGAGAACUCAUACAGGAGAGAAACCCUAUGUUUGUAUUGAAUGUGGGAAAUCCUUCUGCCAAAAGACAACUCUCACUCUCCAUCAGAGAAUUCAUACAGGGGAAAAACCCUAUAUUUGUAAUGAAUGUGGAAAGUCCUUCCGCCAGAAGGCAAUCCUCACUGUUCAUCAGCGAAUACAUACAGGAGAGAAAUCCAAUGGAUGUCAUCAGUGUGGGAAAGCCUUUAGUAGGAAGUCAAACCUCAUUCGCCAUCAGAAAACUCACACAGGAGAGAAACCAUAUGAAUGUAAAGAAUGUCGGAAAUUCUUCAGUUGUAAGUCAAACCUCAUUGUCCAUCAGAAAACUCACAAGGAGAAACUGGGAAUUUAG